UUUCUUUGAGUCAGUUCGCUUCGUAACAGCGUACCAGACGGAAUGGUGUCUUUGAAUAGUAUAGCGAUAGAUAAAGUUGGUCGAGCUAGAGUAUUCUUCGACGUAUGUCAGAAAACUUGUAUGUAAUGUGAAUAGUUUUGCCUUGUCUCCCUACGGACCGAAUAGUGUGUAUCGAUUUAUUCAUCAAAAUAAUAUCUCCAUCGAACGGCCUGAGAACCAGUCGUCAGUCAGCGCCAGAGUAAGAGAAGAAGGCCAGGCUAUAGUGAUCUAUUCGUAUCUGGCUGCCAGCGUGUGCCCCGUUGUGACGACUAAGCGAGAUUAGUUUGAUUCCACUGGCUUGGGCCAAGUGGUGUGUAGUAGGCCUGUUUGCCGGUGUCUCGUCCAAACUUUUUCCCUCUCGCGUUUUCGAUCUGCUUUCCUUUCGAUCCGCACUGGCCGGUCGUCCUCCCUGUGUGCUGCUGUGUGCUUGAAGAAAUGUGAUUUCUAUAAUUCGGCGAGCGACAGCUGGGUAUGUUAAAUCAAUUAGAGGCAGAAAUUUCGCUUGUGGAGAUGAAGAUUGGCGAAAGAGAAGAGACAUUCGUCAAUUGAAGUGUGCGCAUGGUGUUGUCACGUUAUUCCGAAGGAACAGCGGAGUGGUACAUAUUUUCGCUUAUGAUUGAUUAGUGAGUCGUGAGCGUUGUUUGUUUACAAAAUUUCCACUCGAUCUGAACAAGCGCGAACGCGAACAGUAAACCUAGCGACUAAUAACCUUCGUGCGGCAGCGUAAUAGUGGACAGAGUUACGGUUGGCAAUGAUGAAGUGUGGAAAAUAACGUGCAUUUAUUAUAUUCGUUUCGGAAGGCAAUAAAGGGAAAAGAUAUAAAAAAUCUGAAUAGAAAAGGUUCGAGGCGCGGUACAAACGCAACAGGAUCGGAAUUAUUUGCUAGUUGGUCAUUUAUGUCCGUGAUUUGCUAGUAAGCUAAACAAUAAUUGUAACCACUGCUUAGUGGCGAUCCAAUGCGAAAGCAUAAAUACAAACACUGGUGACGUUUUUCGUCCAACCGACAGGCGGUUAAGUGGUGGCCACAGUGUGUACGCACCAUCAGAUUGGUACCAGUUUCGCGUGUAGCACAGAGUCGUUGCCGCCGUCGUAGACACAGAAACCAAGCGGGAGAUUUUCCCAAGUAUCACCGGACAGUGUUGCUAGGAAAAGUUCAUUUAUCGUCUAUUUACCGCAUUUAUCAUUGGUUUAAUCAAAGUGCAAACUUAUGGAGCUGGGUUCAACGUAGAGUGCAGGCCAGUCGUGAAACCACCUAGUGAGCCCAUCAUGUUUGCUGUCAGUGUAAAAAUGUCACUAGUAUUAUUAAGUGUGAUUUUAUCGUCGUCCAUCGCUAGCGUGGUUGCAGCUGAUUCAGUGUUAUUUGGCAUUAGAGAGCCUUGCAUGAACGAAGGUGAAGAGGUCAAAAUCAACAUGGAUUGCUUCAGAUGUAUCUGUAAGAACGGAUUCGUGGAGUGCGAGCAAGAAAGUUGUCCCGCGGUGGACGACUGCUAUUUCUAUAAUAAGAAAACGCCGGGGAGAUGCUGUGAUAGAUGUAUAGGUUGUUUACACAAAGGCCAAAUGAUAGACAGUGGCACGGAAUGGACCGAUCCUGGCAAUCCGUGCGAUCAUUACAAGUGUGUCUCCGGCGUGAUAACUCGAUCGCAAAUAAAAUGUUACACUCCCUGUGCGAACCCGCUACAACCAAAACACGGCCAGUGCUGCCCGGUAUGCCUAGGCUGCCAACUCAACGGUCAGCAAGUGACAGGGGAGGCCACCUUAAGCGAGGAUCCAUGUGUCAAAUGCACCUGCGACGGGCAGAAGCUGACCUGCAUGAAAAAAUCCUGUCCAGUGUUGCAAUGUCCUGCUUCGAAGCAGAUACGCUAUCCCGGAGAAUGUUGUGCCCGUUGCAAGGAACGAAGGGAAGAAAUGAAACGGAACCUUCAAACGCAUUGCAUCAUUGGAAAGGCCGUCCAUCUACACGGAAAAACAUACCCAGCCGAUCAAUGUGCGACGUGUGAGUGCCGCAACGGAACGUCGUAUUGCGAGAAAAACACCUGCCCUCUGCUAGAAUGUGCCGUAGAAGAUCAAACCCAGGGACUUGCUGAUUGUUGCCCGUCAUGUCCUAUGCAAGCGGAGGUUAAAUCCACAUGCAGUGUUAGGGGGAAGGUGUACCAGAACGGCGAAACCUGGAGUUUGAAUGCAUGUGCUUCCUGCGAAUGUCGUUCUGGAGAGGUUCGUUGUGCGAAAAUCCAAUGCCCGAAACCAAAGUGUAAGCCUAACGAAACUUUGGUUACUCCGAAGGGAGAAUGCUGUCCUAAGUGCGUCGAGAGUCCGGGUGUUUGUACGGUUUUUGGCGAUCCACACUAUAAAACAUUUGACGGGAACUUCUACAGCUUCCAGGGAUCCUGUAAGUACCGACUAACGGGCGACUGCAGGGAUCAUAGUUUCUCGAUCAGGGUUACUAAUGACGCGCGACUUACCAAGUCAUCUUCGUGGACUAAAACCGUCACUCUGAAAUUGGCCAACAUUAAGGUGAAUCUCGGACAGAAAAUGCGGAUUAAGGUUAACGGAACGAAAGUAGAUUUACCUUACAAGCUGGAAAACAUGCUGGAAGUUUACAAAAGUGAGGAAGGCACCGAAGUGAUUGUGGCUACCGAAUUGGGUAUCAAACUAACCUGGGAUGGCAGUAACUUUAUACAGGUCGAAGUUCCUACUAUUUAUAAAAACAAAUUGUGUGGAUUGUGCGGAAACUACAACGGUGUAUUUCGGGAUGAUCUGGUGUCGAGAACCGGUGUCAACAUGACGGAUAACGUAUGGAAAUUUGCACAGUCGUGGGCGGUUGGUGGAGAGAAAGUCUGCACACGACCGAGGAAGAAGGAACUUGCCGCUAAAAAUGCUCAGUGCAAAACCAAAAAGUUUUUCACUUUCUGCAAAAUCCUGAAAACAGAUGUCUUCGGAAGCUGUAACUCUCAGCUGAACCCGGAGCAUUACUUCGAAUCAUGUAAGUUUGAUAUGUGCGAGUGUCCUCACAAGCAGUGCUACUGCGACAGUUUAGCGGCUUACGCUCAUGAGUGCCAACGACAAGGUAUAAGACUUCCCAAUUGGAGGCGAGAAACCAACUGUUAUCCAAACGCAACCAAUUCUUUGAUUUCUCCGCAUCACCACCUGCUGAUGCAACAGCAGCCAGCUCUACGUGGUAAACAACAGAACAAAAAUGCAAUUGUCCGGCCUAGCCAGCGACAUCGGAAGAAACAGCGGAGACCAAAACUUUUGCCGGAUCCGGUCAGCCGAAAAGCUCCACCCCCCUUGUAUUCAUAGAUGGUUCAAGCAACAUGACCAACAAGUAGGUUACGCGCUGGUAUCGCGUGAGUAAUACAGUAAAACCGACUAGUGACGAUGAAACGUGUGAGUUACAGCAGGAUGGAAUCAACUCAAUGAGAGAUCGAAUGAUUGCGAGGCCAUUUUGAACCGCUGUUUACAACCUAGAAAAAAACGCUUUUUCUUUUCUAAUAAGUUUGUAUCAGCGAUUUUAACUUAAUAAUUCCCACGCGUAACUUAUUGCUUUUGACCAGCCUAGUUGCAUAAGACAGACUUUGUAGUACAGUUUUAUAGUUGUAUUUGUUUUGACAAUUGAAUGCCAAAAGAAGUGAUGCAAAGCGAACGAAACUCACUAGCCCGUACAAAUCGUUCUCGUUUUGUAAAUAUAGCUUUUAGUUUUGCUAGACGAAAAUCUCAUCCUAUUUGCGGGGAUUAUCGACAUUUUUUUUUUUUUUUGUACAUUUGUCUCAUUGUAGUUAGUGCGGUUUUUUAUUCACCUAUUUCUAUUGUAUUAGUGUACAGUUUAUGAUUAGAUGUUGCUAAAUUUCAUCAGUAUUUAUUAUUCACCGAACAACUUAAAGUAAGCUUUACGUUAAAUCAUUGCCUCUGAUUAUACUUUAAAAAAAUACCUUAUUGGUGCGGUAUGUCGAGAAAUGUACUGAUUCGUAAUUUGUGGUACCUCAACUAUCUCAUUCGCAAGAGUUCUGCAGCAGGUACACAACAAACCUUUGUUUCUAAAUUUUGCAAAUAACCAAUCGAAAAUAGGUUGGAUUCCUGUAGCACAAUUUUUUUCAACUUGUUUCACGACUUUUUAAUCGGUAGUAACUUUCAUGAAAAAAAAUUUGUAGUCACCAUGCAACUCCAUUAAAUAUAGUUUAGUCAACGUUCACUGAAAAAUAUAACGCGUCGAAUAAGGUCCAAGUAACCACGAACACGGAGUGCUUUCUAGUGUCAAAAUUGUCAAUAAUGUUUUUGAGUGCCGAAUGGUUUCAAAAUCGUCAGAUAAAAAAUUGAAUAGGGCGAUUUUCGAAUUCUAGAAAUGGUGAGUUAAUUUUAAAUGUAUUUUGUUACUUAGUCCGAAACAUUUGUUAAUUUUUUCUAAGCAAAAGUAAUUUCAAAAAGAAUACCAGGUGACUGUUUGUAUAUCUCACAAGAAAACAUCUUUUCUAAAAUUAUCCAAUUUGUGGUUAUGUCUAAAUUCUAUCCUUUUAACGUGAACCGCUCGAUAAUCGCCCGGUAUCUAAUUAAUCGGAAAUCGUUUAUACAGAAGUAAACAAUAUUACGUACCUUAUGAGAUAGAUUGCAAUCCCUUUUCUGCGAAACCAAAAAUCACUCCACAUUGUUAUGUUUGAGGUGUAUCAAAACAUCAAUUUUAAACUGUGAAUCUUCACCUCCGGCAAGCCAGCGCAUCAGUGCAGUGUGUGAAUUUAUAAACAAAUCACCGCACCUCGCGAAGCCGGCGCGGCAGACCGCCAACAAUUCGGCGCUGCCAGCAUGACUCAGGGGGCGUUUUGCUAAUGAUUUUCCCGCACCAAAUUGUGGCCAACUUCGAGCGGCGAAUCGUACGCAGCUCAAAGUCCAUUUCACCACUUCCGACAGGUUUAUUUGCCGCCGCCGUCUGGCGCUGGGAGUUUAACAAAAAAAGUGAAACCGACACCCGCCAACAGGUGUUCUGUGUUACUCAAGUGCUGUUCUUUCGAAAACCAGUGCUCCAGUUUCUGCAAUUGGGAUGAAGGAAAACAAUUAAUUACAGGCAAACAGACAGUCUCUCGGUAUUUGUUGUUACAGUUUAUAACAAAUUGAACAUCUUUCUCGCAACUCCAAUGAAACAUGUUUUAUUUAUGACAUGAGUUGGUAGAUUUUUAUUUAUACAUGUCAUGUAGUUUAAUACAUUCGAAGCUUGCAAUUCAUAGUUCUGAUUUAACUAUCAGUAACUUGAGCAGUAUUCAUUUAUAUAGCAAUCUAAAAUAUUUUUUGUUCACAGAAAGCUCACAUGACACGGUUUAAAUGUUUAAAUUUCAUUAGACCAACAACAAAUACACUGUUGUUGUCUCUAAAUUCGUAUGCUAAGUGUAAAAAUGAGAAUUGUUUUUGAAAUAUUGCUAAAUUUCAAUAUAUGAAUCAAUAUAUUUCUCGAUAGACAGCACCAUACAGGUAAACGAAUGUUACUUACAUGAGAGUAAGAAUCAUACAAAAAGUAUUAUUACCUGACAAAAAUAGCACAAUUUUUAUUUUGUUCUAUGCGCUUAGCAAUUUUGCAAAAUUAUAUCACAGUGUAGUAGAAAAACAACAGCAGAAAACUAGCAUAUAGGAAAAUCAGAAUAAGUCAAUAACUGAAAAUUACCGCUAAACCGAAAGAAAACUUGUUAGCUCUCUCUCAAAUUUGUAACUAAAAUACCAGACCAUACUACGUCGAAACAAAUAUACAUCCCACAUGCAGCAGAAAAACAAGUAUUAAACGAAUCACUGCGGCGAAUUUCCGACAACAAAAUUUGCUGCAAAACACCGAACUCAAAUCAAAUUCGAAACGUGAGCAACUUUCACAUUCCAUUUAAUUUCUUGCAGUCAUACGUAUACAAUUAAAACUUUAGGAUAACACAAAUGUGAGAACAAAAAAAAACUCAAAUAUUCUUCGGACAAUAAGAAAUCGUAAAAUUUAAGACUCAUAUACCAGUAAACAACCAGAUACGAAAAAAAUCCCAGUGAUCCUUCAUAAUGAUCAACAGUGAAUGUAAACUCAGCACAACGAAAUCAUCCAAGAUUGAUCUAUAUACAGAGCGUCAACAAAUCAGUCAGAUUCAACCUUCCAACUUACAAAAAAAGGCUUAAGUUGCUAUUUACCAUUGCAGACAAUAAAAAAACAAGCGCACAAUCAAUAAAUAAUGUAAAUUGCCAGUUAAUGUUUACCAGCCCUCGUCGUCAUCGUCGUCGUAAUUUUACUAGAAUAGAACCAGCAAUCAUCACACAAACAUCUGCACCCAUACAAACACAUGCACACUACCCCUUAGCCAAACAGUUUAUUUAAACUAGAAGCGACAACAACAGAAGUAAACAACUAUUGAUUCCGAAAAGGAAAACGCGAUUAAAUUCUUAUCUAAAUGAAUCUAGUUUGCUUUCCAGAUCUAUCGGUAGCAAGUGACGAUUCGAGCAACGUAAAAAUGAUCUCUUGAUAUAAAACAAUGUAAUAUGUUUAGUGAAUGCCUACAAAACUCUAGUAAUUUAAGUGAGAGCCGGAAUGAAAACAGAAAAGAGUGUCAGAACAGCAGAAAGGAUAUGUUUAUAUAAGUCUUUGCUGUUUCAAUGUUUGUUGUAAUUGAUAAAAAAAAAAUCAGGUGUUUAUAGGUAAAAACACUCUCACACACACUAUACCAGCAGAUUGGGUGGAACUGGAAAAAGGGAAAACCAACGAGCGAAGAUAAGCGGAAGAAAUAAAACUACCUACCGUGGUUUAGAAUUUAUUAGUAAACGCGAUUGCAUUGUUCCUAUGUUAUAUUUGUGCGCCAAGAAUAUAAAAGUAAUUGGAGCCAGCA